AUGGUCUAUGGCGCAGGUGCAGGUGGGAACCGCAAUACGUUGAACAAACCAUUCAAUGCGGCCGGUCAGAGGGAGUGGUCGUUUGGAACCUGUGAUUGCUUCGACGCAUGCGGAACAUGUUUAUUCGCAUGUUGCUGUAGUUGUCUUUCGUAUGGACAGAACAUGUCUAGGCUAAAACAUUUGGAGUCCCAGGGAAGGCCACACCCUACUGGGGGCGACAUGUGCAACGGGGAUUGCUGCGUAUAUCUGCUACUUGCAUAUAUCGGUUGCGAAUGCUUCGCCGGUAUGAGUGGAAGGUCGAGUGUUCGUCGACGAUACAAUAUCCAAGGAGACGGGUGCGGGGACUGCAUGUGCCAUACUUUCUGUAUACCGUGUUCGUUGACACAAGAAUCCCGCGAGCUUGGGCUUGAGGAAGGGAGCGAGCUCAGUGGAAAGCGUGGCUGA